AUGACCGGUCUACCCGCACCCAAAAAUGUAAAAGACGUGCAAAUUUUUCUCGGACACGCCGGAUUUUAUAGGAGGUUUAUACAAGAUUUUAGGAAGAUCGCUAGACCUUUAAAUAACCUCUUGUGCAAGGAAGUAAAGUUUGACUUUACCCCAGAAUGCAUGAAAGCUUUCGAUGAUUUAAAAAAAUCCCUUAUUACUGCCCCCAACGUUCAAGCCCCCGACUGGAAUCUCCCUUUCGAGAUCAUGUUCGAUGCGAGUGAUUUUGCGAUAGGAGCAGUUUUGGGCAAAGGAAAGAUAAAAAGCUGCAUGCCAUCUACUAUGCCAGUCGUACGCUUGAUGAAGCGCAACGGAAUUAUGCAACAACAGAAAAAGAACUACUCGCCGUAG